AACGGCCACCUCUGACAAAUGCACCGUGUUUCAGAUGGGGAAUUUACCCACGAGACUGGAAACCCCAACCGCUGGCUCCCGCGAGUGGGUGUAGCGGUGAGGACUCCAGCGGGGGAGGCGGGGGGCGGCGAGGAGAGCCAUUGCAGCAGCUCCUCGGGGCGGGGACCGGCCGCGCCUUCUAGGCUUCCAGCUCCUUUAGCGAGAACCCUCGGGCUUUCCAGCUGAGGCCGGCCAUCCCGCGCGGCAGGGAGCGACCAUGGAGAGGCUGGUGUUCGUUGGGCUCUUGUGUCAUCUGUCUGCCUACAGACUGAUUUGGUUCUUCGCAGCAGUGAGGCUCUGCAGGGCGGCCCAAGUGGUGACCCAAGAUGAAGAAGAGCUGCUGAACACACCUGCUUCCUUAAGAUGCUCUCUGCAAAAUUCCGAGGAAGUCUUGAUUGUGACAUGGCAGAAAAUCAAGGCUGUAAGCCCAGAAAACAUGGUCACCUUCAGCAAGAACCAUGGGGUUGUAGUCCAGCCUGCCUAUAAGGACAAGAUAAACAUCACCCAGCUGGAACUCAAGAACUCAACCAUUACGUUCUGGAAUACCACCCUGGAGGAUGAAGGGUGUUACAAGUGCCUCUUCAAUACUUUUGGUUCCGGGAAGAUCUCAGGAAAAGCCUGCCUCACCCUCUCUGUACAGCCCACAGUGUUCCUUCACUAUACAUUUUUCGAAGACCACGUAAAUAUCACUUGCUCUGCCAAUGCCCGCCCAGCCCCUGUGAUCUCCUGGAAGGUCUCUGGGUCAGGGAUUGAAAACAGUACUGAGAUUCUCUCACACCCCAAUGGGACCACGUCUGUCACGAGUGUCCUCCAGGUCAAAGACCCCAAGAGCCAGGUGGGGAAGGAGGUAAUCUGCCAGGUGCUACACCUGGGGACUAUGACCAGCGUCAGGCAAACUUUGGACAAAGGCUUUUGGUUUUCAGUUCCACUAUUGUUAAGUAUUGUUUCCCUGGUCAUUCUCCUGGUCUUAAUCUCAAUCUUAUUAUACUGGAAACGUCGUCGGAACCAAGACCGAGGUGAGUGAUCACAAGAAAUACACAGAAGGAAACAAAUGACUUUUUAAUAGCAAUUUG